CAGAACGAUCCAAACUUUUUUACGAUAUAUUUUACCGAAAAUAUGUCCUCACAAAAAGCAAUAUGCGUUUUAGAAGAAAAAGUUUCAGUAUUUACUUGGACAAAGCAAGCAACGAAAUUGUUGCAAGCACAUUUUGCGAGAAAAGAGCAGUUCCGCGAUCCCAAAGUACGGAAGAAAAGUAUAGACACAAAUAUGCAACAUAAUGUCAAAAGUUACAAUGUAGAUGAAGAUACAUUAGACAUAAAGAUGCGCAAUUUAAAAAAGAUAUAUCGUACAAUAAAGGAUAAUAAUAAGAAAAGUAUUGUAGUAUUGGGAGAUGCUACGUACAUUGGGAAUAUUAUGAUAUUUUUGAAGAGAUAUUUAGAAAUGAUGCAACUAUAAAUCAUGG